UAUCAAAUUUUCUCUUUUGGACCCUCCAGACGACCCAUCCUCUCCUCCGCCGGCUUCCUCCAUCGCAUAAAAAAUCCUAAUUUCCUUCCUAUCAGAGUUUCACCAGAUUCGAAUCAAAAUCCAACAACAGAAAAACAGAAGUUGUAGAAAUUUCGGAAGAAGAAGAAGAUGGAUCAAACCUUCUUACUGAUGCUCUCGAACCUUCUCCACCUCCAAAACUCCCUCGACCCAACCACCUCCCUCCUCUCCGACACAUCCUCCUCCUCCUCCGCCGCCUCCGCCGCCACCGCCUCCUCCGCCUCCGCCUCCUCCCCCUCUUCCCUCCUCACCUCCUCCUCCUCCGCCGCCCCUCUCCUCUUCUUCACCAUCGCCUCCGUCCUCUCCUACAUCGCCUCCUCCUCCAAACCCUCUUCCUCCAAAUCCGCCGCCACCAAAUCCUCAUCCAAAUCCUCCGCAGCCGCCGCCGUUGACUACUCCGUCUCCGCCUUCCGCGCCCUCUCCACCGAGCACAUCUGGUCCCUCGAAGCCCCUCUCCGCGACGCCCAAUGGCGGUCCCUCUACGGCCUCUCCUACCCCGUCUUCACCACCGUCGUCGACAAGCUCAAGCCCCACAUCGCCCUCUCCAACCUCUCUCUCCCCUCCGACUACGCCGUCGCCAUGGUCCUCUCCCGCCUCUCCCAUGGCCUCUCCGCCAAAACCCUAGCCUCCCGCUACUCCCUCGAGCCCUACCUCGUCUCCAAGAUCACCAACAUGGUCACUCGCCUCUUGGCAACCAAACUCUACUCCGAGUUCAUCAAGAUACCCGUCGGCCGCCGCCGCCUUCUCGAGACGACUCAGGCGUUUGAAGAGCUUACUUCUCUUCCCAACAUGUGUGGCGCCAUUGAUGGAAGUCCGAUCAACCUCCACAAGUUUCCAAACGACGUCAAAAUGCCCGCCAAUUAUAAGUGUCGAUAUGGGUUCAAUUCGGUUCUCCUUCAGGUUGUGGCGGACCAGAAGAAGAUCUUCUGGGAUGUUUGCGUUAAGGCCCCCGGCGGGACUGACGACGCUGCGCAUUUCCGGGACAGUAUUCUUUACAACCGGCUUGUCUCCGGCGACGUCGUUUGGGACAAGGUGAUCAACGUGAGGGGCAAUCCAGUGAGGCCGUACAUUGUUGGUGAUUGGUGUUAUCCCUUGAUACCGUUCCUGAUGACGCCAUUUUCUGCGGACGGGGGCGGGACGCCCGCGCAGAACCUGUUCGAUGGAAUGCUUAUGAAGGGGAGGUCCGUCGUGGUUGAUGCCAUCAGGCUGCUGAAAGGGAGGUGGAGGAUUCUCCAGAACUUGAAUGUGGGCCUCAAUCACGCACCGCAGACUAUAGUAGCGUGCUGCGUCUUGCACAAUCUGUGUCAGAUUGCAAAGGAGCCUGAGCCGGAGGUGUGGAAGGAGCCCGAGGAGCGCGGGAGUGUGCCGCGGUUGUCAGAGGGGGAGAAGUCAUUUUAUUACUUUGGUGAGAGCUUGAGGCAGGCCUUGGCUGAUGACUUGCACCAUAGGCUUUCUUCGAGAUGAUGAUCUGGUGAAAAAGGCAUGGCUUUUGGAGCUUUUGGUUUGAUGUUAGAAUGAAUGUACUACUGUUUGUUUUUUUACUUAUUGUUAUUAGUAGGUAUUACUAUAAGUACAUUUUGAGAAGUUUAACCUGCAA